AUGGCUCUGUUUCUGCCCCCAGAGAGGAAGCGGUUUUACCAGAACGUGAGCAUCUCGCAAGGAGAAGGAGGCUUUGAAAUAAACCUGGACCACCGCAAGCUGAAAACGCCACAGGCCAAGAUCUUCACUGUCCCCAGUGAGGCCUUGGCCAUUGCAGUGGCGACAGAGUGGGACUCCCAGAAAGACACCAUCAAGUUCUACACUAUGCAUCUGACCACGCUGUGCAACACGGCGCUGGAUAAUCCCACGCAGCGAAAUAAAAUGCAGUUGAUCCGUGCGGCUGUGAAGUUCCUGGAGACUGACACUGUCUGGUACGAGAUGGGGGUCCCGCUGGCGCGGAGGCCUGGUUGUGUUGUCGCAGG